GCGAAUUCAGUUGGUAUUCUGUUGUGUUCGAGAAAUAUCAAGGUAUAUUCCCAGAAUAUGUUGAAUAUUUUUAUUAUUGUGUUGGUUUUCUUUAAUUUGUCGGAGAAUUUGACACGUGGUUCAGAUUUCCAUGAAAACCAAGAGUCGUGUUUUGUAUCAAGAGAACUGGAAGAUCAAUGCGCUGCCGUUUGUUAUCCCACCGUCAAGCCGUUGCUUAAAUACAUGGGAAUAUGCCAUCAGAAGGAUCUACAAAUAAGUGGAAUGCAGAACCAACUUCAAGACCAAAAUGAGGAGGUUACCAAAUACAAAACUCAAGUAGAAAUUCUCAAUAAACAGUUGGUAGAUAAGCGAAGUUCUUCUGGCCUCAAGAAUGACCUAAAAGAAACCAUCGAUAAGGUGCAGAACCUCAGAUUGGAGCUCAGUGAAGAGUUGAAAAAGUUAUACAGACAGAAAAACAAUACCGUGAAGGAUCUGCACGAAGAAAUCGCGAAUGUGAAAAUGCAGCUGAAGAGCAAGGAUGAACUUUUAGAACAAAACGAGAAAACAAUGAUAGAAAAGGAUGAACUAUUAAAACAAAAGGAGAAAAAUAUGGAAGAAAAGGAUGAACUAUUAAAAAAGAAGGAGAAAAAUAUGGAAGAAAAGGAUGGACUACUAAAAAAGAAGGAUAGUACCUUGAAGAAUCUGCAAGAAGAAAUCGCGAAUGUGAAGAUGCAACUGACGAGAAAGGAUGAACUUUUAAAAGAAAACGAGAAAACAAUGACAGAAAAGGAUGAACUAUUAAAACAAAAGGAGAAAAAUAUGGAAGAAAAGGAUGAAAUAUUAAAACAUAAGGAUAGUCCCAUGAAGGAUCUGCACGAAGAAAUCGCGAAUGUGAAGAUACAACUGACGAGAAAGGAUGAACUUUUAGACCAAAAGGAGAAAACAAUGAUAGAAAAGGAUGAACUAUUAAAACAGAUGGAGAAAAAUAUGGAAGAAAAGGAUGAAAUGUUAAAACAAAAAGAGAAAAAGAUGGAAGAAAACGAUGAACUAUUAAAACAGAAGGAGAAAAAUAUGGAAGAAAAGGAUGAAAUGUUAAAACAAAAGGAGAAAAAUAUGGAAGAAAAGGAUGAAAUGUUAAAACAAAAGGAGAAAAAGAUGGAAGAAAACGAUGAACUAUUAAAACAGAAGGAGAAAAAUAGGGAUGAAAAGGAUGAACUAUUAAAAAAGAAGGAUAGUACCAUGAAGGAUCUGCACGAAGAAAUCGCGAAUGUGAAGAUACAACUGAGGAGCAAGGAUGAAUUUUUAGAGCAAAAGGAGCAAAAAAAGGAGCAGUUUAUUAGGCCAAUUUUGGAUAAUGCAGACCCAAAAACCAGCGAGACUCAUACAAUCGAUGUUCCUUUGAAAGAACCAGACGAAAGUGGUUGGACAAUUAUUUUGCAAGAACUUGAGGGAUUGGCUAGUCUAGAAAAGAAGCUAGCUCAAUAUAAAGAAAAGCCGUUCAACAAUGGAAAUGAUUCAUUUUUCAUCGGCCGCAAGAAUCUGUAUUUCAUGACACUGGCCACGCCACACGAAAUUCUUAUCCAAGUGAAAUUUGUGGAUGGCAGAAGUUCUUCGGUUCAAGACAUUCGCUUCAAAAUGGGCAACGCAAAAAAAGACUACACACUGAGGUCGGUCAAUGAUAAUUUACCAAACAGAAAGUACUCCAUUACCGAAAUGAAAGCGCUUAUAGCGAUUCAGGUUCUUAUGAAACGAAAAAUGCCAUUCAGUUCUAGGGACUGGAAGCAAUUGACCAUUAAGUUCAGAGAGAUCCAAUAAUAGAAGAAGAAACCAUUAUGCGCCCUUGAUAGAGAAGUAUUUUUAUGUAUUUAAAUACAUUUUUAAAUUCUUCGGUAAUCGAUGAUGCUACCGUGAACUAACGUAAAAAAAAAUAGUUUAAAAAAUAAAAGUUAAUGCUGGUUUUUCUGUUAUUUUCUAA